UGUGCGUAAUCGUAUCUGUGUGACGAGCCGCCGAGCGUCGAGAGCGCUCAACGUAGAGCUGCGGUGCGAGACAUGACGUUAGUUCACUUCGAUAGCUCUACGAGUCUGCACGUGAAUUUUCCCUGGGCUCUCGGCUGUCUUGACUGCUCAAAAUCUCACAACACACAAUCUCAAAUCUCAAUCGGCAGCGAAUCGGUCAACCAACCAACCAACUAACCAACCCAGCAGAAACACACAUUCGAAAUCUCAAUCUGUAUCUGAAUAACAGAGUUCUGCGUUCUGACCACUGAGUUCUAUCGAUGAUUUAAAGCGAAAAAUCGCCCACAAAAGUGCCAAGUGUUAGAAGUGCUAAAUGAAAUAAAUAAAUAAAUAACCAAAUAAAACGCAGUUAGCCCCACGCUAGUCAAGCUAAAUAAACGUGUUAACCCAAGCAAAUUGCCGUCGGAUUUUUUACUUAACCCAAAGCUGAAAUAAACUUGUUGAGCGCGCUCGAGGGCCACGCCCCCCCCAAAAAAAAAAAAAAACCGUCGACCCUAAAAAAAGAAAAUAAGCGAUAUAGAAUAUUUUUGCGCCUGCCACGUUGCCCGUAAAAGACGUCAAGACGGUUGCCUCACGGUUCGAGUGGAAUGAGCAUAGGGACCCUGGUCUUCCUUUCGAUCGAUCGGUGUACAAAGUCGUUAAACUGAGCCCCAACUUGGAGCCCUACCCCGCCAGCGUGGAGGGCCUGAACAGCCCCAGAGCGGUGGGGAUGGCCGCGACCUCGUACAUGACGCCGCCGAGCGGUGAUCUGGACAUGGCCCUCGGAGGCGGUGGCUAUCACACCUCGUCGCCGCGUUCGGCGGCGGAUGCCGGUGAGAUGAAGUACAUGCAGCACCAUCAUCAUCAUCAUGCCGCCGCCGCGGCAGCUGCCCACCAUCAGUUGCCCUCGUCGCCAUCGCCCAAUGGCCAGGGCAAUGGUGGCGGUCUGGGAUUGGGUCCCGGUUCCGGGUUGGGCUCAUGGAGUGCCCUACAUCCCGAUCCGUGGAUGCAAACCCAUCAUACGCACCAUCUGCCCGCCGCCGCUGCCGUUGCCUCGGCCGCCGAUACCGUCAAGCAGGAGAUGUCGCAUCUCUCGCAGCAGACGCGCAUCCAACAGGGCAUGGCCUCGCCCCAUGCCGCCUGGCACGCCCCCCAUGCGGGACACUAUGCGCCCACGGGCGGAUCACCGUUGCAGUACCAUCAUGCCAUGAACGGAAUGCUCCAUCAUCCGGCCCAUGCGGCAGCAGCGGCCCAUCAUCAGAGUGUGGCGCCACUGCAUCAUGCGCUGCGCGGGGAAUCCCCACAGCUGCACAUACAUCAUCACAUGGGCGGCGGCGACCGGGAUGCCAUAAGCGGCGGCGAGGAGGACACCCCCACGUCCGACGAUCUGGAGGCCUUUGCCAAGCAGUUCAAGCAGCGCCGCAUCAAGCUGGGCUUCACCCAGGCCGAUGUGGGCCUGGCACUGGGCACUCUCUAUGGCAAUGUCUUCUCGCAGACGACCAUCUGCCGAUUCGAGGCACUGCAGCUGAGCUUCAAGAACAUGUGCAAGCUGAAGCCGCUGCUGCAGAAGUGGCUGGAGGAGGCGGACUCCACAACGGGCUCACCCACGUCCAUUGACAAGAUCGCCGCUCAGGGGCGUAAGCGUAAGAAACGCACCAGCAUCGAGGUGAGCGUGAAGGGGGCACUGGAGCAGCACUUCCACAAGCAGCCGAAGCCAUCCGCCCAGGAGAUAACCUCGCUGGCCGACUCCUUGCAGCUGGAGAAGGAGGUGGUGCGCGUAUGGUUCUGCAAUCGGCGGCAGAAGGAGAAGCGCAUGACGCCGCCAAAUACGCUCGGCGGCGACAUGAUGGACGGCAUGCCGCCGGGCCAUAUGCAUCACGGUGGCUACCAUCCGCAUCACGAUAUGCACGGCAGUCCGAUGGGCACACACUCCCACUCGCACAGCCCGCCCAUGCUGAGCCCACAGAAUAUGCAAUCCUCGGCGGUAGCGGCGCAUCAGUUGGCGGCCCACUAGCAAUCAGAAAUCCAGGAGUCGAACUCAGCUGCAGCUGCGUCCACUCCUGCAUCCCUCAAUAGUCUAAGCCAGCAGCAACAGCAGCAGCAACAGCAGCAGCAGCAGCAGCAACACCAGCAACAGCAGCAGCAUCAGCAGCAGCAGCAGCACACACCGAAUACGCCAUCCUCCAGUGCGGGAUCAUCGGCUACGAUGACCAGCCAGGUGAUGUCGCCGCAAAGUCCGCUGGGCAGCUCCUCUGCUGGCAAUCAGGCUAACAACAAUAACAACAAUAAUAACAACAAUAGCAGCACCAACAAUAACAAUAACAACAACAACAACAACAACGAGGAGCAAGUUAAACACCACCAGCAGCAACAGCAACAACAGCAGGCCUCCAGCAUAGCAGCCGCUGCAGCAGCCGCCAUGUACAUGGAUCCCAUGCGCUACCAGCAUCCGCACCACCCGCAUCCGCAUCCGCACCAGCAUCCGCACCUGAAUCCCGCCCACCAUCCGCACCUGUUCCACACGAGCGAUCAGCUGCAGCACUCGCAGCAGCAGACCGUCGGCGGCACCAGCAGCAAUUCGCAACUGUCACCGGGUGCCGGCAGCAACAGUGGACUGCCGCUACAGCCGCCCAGCUCGGCCUCGCCGGCCGGAUCCGCAUCCUCGGUGCUCGGUGGCCAUCUCAAUCUGAAUCCGCUGCACCAGCACCACCACUAUCAGCACCACCAUCACCAGCAGCACCACCACCACCAGCAGCAGCAGCAGCAGCUGCACGCCCGCCGCCUCUUCGAGUUGAGUCUGCAGUUUGGAGCGGCGGCGGCACCGGGAGCGGUACGGCACUUCAAUAGCUUUGGCGGGGCGGGCGGAGCGGGUGGGGAAUAGCAUUCGUCGGCCGCCUGGUUUGGCUAUGAGUCCUCCUAGGACUCGGCGUCGAACGGGUGGCCGCAAUUCAAGCGGGAGCAGCCCUAGAAUCGUACAGUCGAACUUCUCUAACGCGAACUUAGUUGGUUCGAUUCGAAUGAUCCCAGCAGUAGCUAUCUAAAAUUGAACUAGCUAUGCAAGUUUUAGAAUACUUCGUAAGUCGAAAGAAUAUAUUUGGAAUUUUUCUUUAACUCAAUUUUCAAUUUCUGUGGUGUUUUGUAGUUUUUUUGAAAUUCCGAACUACGAUUUCACAGUUUUCUUUAAAUCUGUUACUAAAUUUAGCGACGGAAAAAAUUAUCUAAAACAUGUAUAUUUUAACGAAAUUUAAACAAUAUGUACCAGUUUGAGAUCCACGUUAGACAAGCUCGACUGUAUUCAGAUCUUUAAAGAAUAGAAAUAAGAUGAGGUCCGUCGAUGAGGUUGAGAAAUCAUCUUUUUUACCAGUGCAUUAAUCUGUGUUAAACUUCAGCUUAAAUAGGAGCAG